UAGGCGCUCGGAAGAAAGGCGAGUGCGAUUUGUGUGGAGCGCAUGUGGAGCACUGUGUGGGGAACACAUGACCAUAGGGCGAGAGGCCGGCAUCACUUGGAGCGGGUGCGGCAUCCUGACUUUUUAAAAGUGGAAGGUGUUGCUUUCAAGCGUUUGCCUCACCACUAGCUCCUACCCCUGUGCACCGACGACGAACACGAUCACGAAAAUGACGGAUCUAGCCCGCGACAAGCUCAAGGACCCUUCGCUGUAUGAGCCUGGCAAGGCGUACAUCAACGGCAAAUGGGUCACCGCCAAGAACGGCAAGACCUUUGACGUCGUGGACCCCUUUACCCGCAAGAUCAUCGGCACCUGCCCCGAGAUGGGCAAGGAGGACGUCGAUGAGGCCUGCGCAGCCGCCCACGCGGCCUUUCCCGCUUUCAGUCGCAAGACGGGGCGGGAGCGGGCAAAGAUGCUGCGCAAGUUUGACGAGGCCUUCAACGCCAACCGUGCCGACCUGGUGCACCUGCUGAUCAAGGAAAUCGGCAAGACAAAGGCCGAGGCCGAGGCCGAGAUCACCUACGCCUCGUCCUUCUUUGACUGGUUUGCCGGCGAGGCAGAGAGGAUGUACGGCGACACGAUCCCCGCGGCGAACCCGGUCAUGCGGAUACACACGAUGAAGCAGGCCGUUGGGCCCGUGGCCGCCAUGUGCCCGUGGAAUCUGCCCCUGGCCAUGCUUGCCAGAAAGGUCGGAGCAGCCCUCGCGGCCGGUUGCACCGUCGUUGCCAAGCCGGCGGGAGAGUCGCCACUGUCGACGCUGGCCAUGGCAGAGAUUGCGACGAGGAGCGGCUACCCGCCUGGCGUGCUCUCCGUCGUCACCUGCCUGGACCGUACGGCAGAGGUGGGCGAGGCCCUCUGUCGCAAUGAGCACAUCCGCAAGGUCACUUUCACCGGCUCGACUCGCGUGGGCAAGCUCCUGGCUCGCUACAGUGCAGACGGGCUCAAGAAGCUCUCGAUGGAGUGCGGCGGAAAUGCUGCCACGAUUGUCUUUGACAGCUGCGACAUUGAAAAGGCCGUGACGUCGGUCAUCACGUCCAAGACACGGAAUGCCGGACAGACGUGCGUCGCAGCGAACCGCAUCUUUGUCCAGAGCGGCAUCCACGACGAGUUUGUCAAGCGCUUCAUUGCCAAGCUCAGCACCAUGAAGCAGGGCGACGGCUAUGCCGCCGGUACCAUGAUGGGGCCCCUGAUCCACGAGCGGGCCGUCGACAAGGCCCGCCUACACGUGCAGGACGCACUGCAGAAGGGCGCCAAGCUCGAGUACGGCCCGGCCAAGGCCCCGCCCCUGGGCCCCGACGACGGCUUCUUCUACCCGCCGACCGUGCUGACGAACCUGCAGAGCGACAUGCUCAUCAGCCACGAGGAGACGUUUGCACCCGUGGCCGCCAUUCGCAAGUUCAACACAGAGGAAGAGGUCAUCAAGGAGGCCAACAACAGCUCCGUCGGCCUGGGCGCCUACGUCUUCACCACCGACCUGCGCGUGGCCACGAGGAUGAGCGAGGCCCUCGAGUCGGGCAUGGUCGGCAUCAACACGGGCAUCCUCUCGGCCUCGGAGGGCGCCUUUGGCGGCGUCAAGGAGAGCGGCUACGGGAGAGAAGGCAGCAAGUGGGGCCUCGAUGACUACACGACCCUCAAGAGCGUGACCACGGAUGUGUCAUAAGCGCAGCUCCGACGGCUGGCCUGCCUCGUCAUUCUUCUCGAAAUGGGCUUCUAAAUACAAAGUACGACAAUGUCUCCUUCUACCUCUGUGCACCGCCUAUUCUUGCGAUAGUAUC